UAAUGGAAAGCGGUAGCCUCUAGGGCCCAGAGGAUAUGCAGGGAGGCAUUUUCUCUUGCUGGUGCAGCUGAGAGCGAGCGAGCGAGCGAGACCUGGAAAUGAAAGUAAAGAGAUCAGAAGGCACAUGGAGGGAGCUGCAGGGGCAGCCGAUCCAGAAGCAGAAUGCUGCCUUCUAUAAUUAAAUAGCACUUACUAUUAUUAUUACUUCUAGUAAUAAUACAUUAAUAAUAUCUCUAGUAAUACAAUACCAUUUAUCAAGGAAAGUUUAUACAUAGUGUGGGAGGGAAAACCCAAGGAGAGCAACUAUAAUGGAGAGACAGAAGAGAAAACAAGAAAUAGAGAAAGGACUUCAGUUCAUUCAGUCCACUUUACCCCUAAGCCAAGAAGAUUAUGAGGCCUUUUUGCAGAAGCUGGUGAGAAACCUGUUUGCAGAGGGCAAUGAUUUGUUUCGAGAGAAGGAUUUCAAGCUUUCACUGGUACAGUAUGUAGAAGGGCUGAACGUGGCGGAUUACGCAGCCUCCGACGAGGUUACCAUCCCAAAGGAACUCCUGUGCAAGCUGCAUGUCAACCGAGCUGCCUGCUACUUUGCUAUGGGCUUGUAUGAGAAGGCACUGGAAGACAGCGAGAAGGCUUUAAGUCUUGACAAGGAGAACAUCCGAGCACUCUUCCGGAAAGCCCGCUCCUUAAAUGAACUUGGAAGACACAAAGAAGCAUAUGAGUGCAAUAGCCGAUGCUUGCUGUCCCUCCCACAUGAUGAAAGCGUCACACAACUGGGACAGGAGCUUGCCCAGAAGCUGGGACUGAGGGUUCGAAAAGCAUACAAAAGACCUCAGGAAUUGGAAACAUUCUCGCUACUCAGUAAUGGCACGUCAAUCAAUUUGUCAAACCAGACCACUUCCAAUGGAUUGGGUUCGAUAGAUGACAUCGAAACAGACUGCUCUAUGGACCUGCAGUGCCUCCCAGCUCCCGUGGUCACCUCCAUCCCUGUGAGCGAGGGGCUGGCCCCUUUGCCCUCUGACUCAGAUGCAAAGGGCUUGCCUACCUCGCUCCCUGCUGCCAGCUUGCUCCCGUCUCCAGACUGCGUGUCCCUGCCAGUGCCUGAGAGCGUGGAGGACUUCACAGAUGGGGACAUCAUUGGGGAAGAACUGGAUUCCCUCCUGGACUCCCUUGCCGAAGGGUCACCAUACCCUCUAUCUUUGGUCCAGGGCACCAUUCCUACCAACCUGCCAACGGAGAUGCCCCAGCUGAUCCCUGUGUUUCCGGGGGGAACUCCACUGCUGCCCCCAGUCGUGACAGCCAGCAUCCCUGUCUCCACCCCACUGCCACCUGCCUCCUUCGGCCUGGUGAUGGAUCCCACCAAGCAGCUCUCCUCCUCCUCUGUCCUGGAUGCCUUCGAGGCUCCACCGGGAGGAAGUGGCGGCUCCACCUUAGAUUCGCUGGAUUCCCUGGAUCUGCUCCCCUACACAGAUUCACGGCUCGAUGCCCUGGACUCCUUUGGGACAAGCAGAGGGUCACUGGAUGCCUUGGAUUCCUUUGCCAUUGAAACUAGCCCUCAGGAACUGCGACACCCACCUGGCAGCCAAAAACCAUCCCCUGUGGUGAGUGAGCCGCUCCCCCGUGCUGAUGUCCCAAGGUGCUCUGGAGCCAAGGUAGUCAGCCUUGGUGGAGUGAGUCAUUCAGCUGUGCCCAAGGUCACCGAGCACCUGCUGUCCCAGCCAGAACCAGUAAUGCCCAACACAGCCCUGCUGGUGAAGAACCCCCUGGCAUCUACUCACGUCUUCAAACAAGCCUGUCAUAUCUGCUACCCCAAAACAGGGCCCAAGGCUGGCGAUUAUACCUAUCGGGAAGGCUUGGAGCACAAGUGCAAGCGGGACAUCCUGCUGGGCAGGCUGAAGAACUCAGAAGACAAGACCUGGAAGAGGAUCCGUCCUCGCCCAACCAAAACCAACUUUGUAGGAUCCUAUUACCUGUGCAAAGAUAUGCUUAACAAGCAGGACUGUAAGUACGGGGAUAACUGCACCUUCGCGUACCACCAGGAAGAGAUCGACGUGUGGACGGAGGAGAGGAAGGGGACCCUCAACCGUGACCUCCUCUUUGACCCGCUAGGUGGGAUCAAGCAGAGUAGCCUCACCAUUGCCAAGCUCCUCAAGGAACAUCAGGGCAUCUUCACCUUCCUCUGUGAGAUUUGCUUUGACAGCAAACCCCGGAUUAUCAGCAAAGGGACCAAGGAUACACCAUCUGUCUGCUCCAACCUUUCUGCCAAACACAGCUUCCAUGACAACAAGUGUCUGGUCCACAUUGUGCGUUCCACUUCCCUGAAAUACUCCAAGAUCCGCCAGUUCCAGGAGCACUUCCAGUUUGACGUGUGCCGACAUGAAGUGCGUUAUGGCUGCCUGCGCGAGGACAGCUGCCACUUCGCUCAUAGUUUCAUCGAGCUCAAGGUCUGGCUGCUGCAGCAAUAUUCAGGAAUGACCCAUGAAGAUAUCGUGCAGGAAUCAAAGAAGUACUGGCAGCAGAUGGAGGCACAUGCCAGCAAACCAGCCAACAGCAUGGCUUCUCCCCGGGCUCCCACGUCAAGCACCUUUGACCUCCAGAUGAAAUUUGUGUGUGGCCAGUGCUGGAGGAACGGGCAGCUGGUGGAGCCAGAUAAAGACCUCAAGUACUGUAGUGCCAAAGCCCGCCACUGUUGGACGAAGGAACGUCGCGUCCUGCUGGUGAUGUCCAAAGCAAAGAAGAAGUGGGUGUCUGUCCGACCACUGCCUUCCAUCCGCAACUUCCCGCAACAAUAUGAUUUGUGUAUCCAUGCACAAAAUGGCAGGAAAUGCCAGUAUGUGGGCAACUGCUCCUUCGCCCACAGUCCUGAGGAGAGAGACAUGUGGACCUUCAUGAAGGAAAAUAAAAUACUAGAUAUGCAGCAGACCUAUGACAUGUGGCUAAAGAAACACAAUCCUGGGAAGCCUGGAGAGGGGACGCCGCUCACCUCGCGAGAAGGGGAGAAACAGAUCCAGAUGCCCACCGACUAUGCUGACAUCAUGAUGGGUUACCACUGCUGGCUCUGCGGGAAGAACAGCAACAGCAAGAAGCAAUGGCAGCAGCACAUCCAGUCGGAGAAGCACAAAGAGAAGGUCUUCACCUCGGACAGUGACUCCAGCUGCUGGAGCUACCGCUUCCCCAUGGGCGAAUUCCGGCUCUGCGAAAGGUUCCAGAAGAGCAAGGCCUGCCCCGAAGGAGAGGAGUGUCGCUACGCCCAUGGCCAGGACGAGCUGACGGAGUGGCUAGACCGGAGGGAGGUGCUGAAACAGAAACUGGCCAAAGCCCGCAAGGACAUGCUGCUCUGCCCCAGGGAUGACGACUUUGGGAAAUACAACUUCCUAUUGCGCGAUGACGUAUAGUAAGGGGUGGGUGGGAGCCUGUCGGCUGGAGAAACGUGGGGUGGGUUUUCCGAGAGUGGCAGUAGCAGGGAGAGCGAGAUCUGUGUCUCGCAAAGAGAACUUUUUCUUUUCUUUUGUUUUAAGAUUAUGAGACAAUGAUUUAUUAGUGGUGAAUGAAAUAGUGAAUUUGAUUCUUCUUGGCCAGCAAACACCAUGCUCACUGAGUUUGUGAUCCAUCUUCUCACUCUUCUUUCCCCCAAAUUCUCCUUCCUCUCCAUCUUUUUGUUUUCGCUGUCCUUCAUUCAGAGGAAUGAAUCCAAUCUGUACUGGGCUGCAAAUUGGAGAAUUCCUCCUUGUGCCAUUCUCCAGCCUUUCAGUUCGGAGUGUGGCUGCAGAGGUCCAGAGGACAAAGCUGAGAGAAAGGGCCAGACAUCUGGUGAAAAGGUGACCGUGACGUUCAUGUGCUCCUUUUCUCAGUGCUGCAGAGCAAGCCCCACUUACGCUGCUGCAGCCGGCCUGCUCUCCUGGGAGUUCAGUACCAGAAGAAUUAGGGAUUGAGGUGCAAAAGAAGGAAAACCACUAGAUCUAGCUUAAAACAUAUAGGCUUAAGCUCCUGCUGUCUAUAUUGCCCUGAGGCAUCAACUGGUGCUGAGGAGGGUAACAGCCAUCUGGUAUAAAGAGCAUAGCUAAAAGCAGCAAAGUAAUAAAACUGCUUGCAGCAGCAGGAACUGGAUUGUAGGUGACUUCAGACUGUUUCAGCUGACUGUACCCAGAAAGCAAACUGGUGACUCCUCAUUAGAUGCCUUUCCCGGUGUGCGACAGGUAUUCAGGGUGGGUAGCUUUGGUUUGGUUUUUUGGCUGGUGUGAAUGGUGCAAGUAAGACUGAAGCCAUCUAGAAGGUGUAGUGGAGACUGUGACACACCCUGCGUCACUGUAGUCCACGCAGCAGUAUCAGUCAGGAGGAAGGCUGUAACCAAAAGGAGCCUGUGUUUCUGUGUUGCCUUGUGUCCUGAAGAGAGGGAGGGAGG